AUGUCAGGGCUUUUGAAGUUUCUCGGAACUUUAGCCCUCAUGAUGUCCUCGCUAAAGGGAUCCUCCCCACCUAAAGGUGGUUCUUCGUGUUCAUCGCGGGAGUUGCGACUUUUGAGGGAGGAUUCCAACUCUACCACUGUCGCUAUUGCUGUCUUCACUCAGCACUGCCACCACCACUUCUACUGCCGCCACACCACACUUUCCGGUCCUCUGCGUUGUUGCGUUUUGUCUCUGCUCCUGCGAACUACUCAGAGAAAGACAUCAAAACUACUGCUUUUGAUAAUUCUCAAUGACACAGUGGAUCCUUUUAUGGUGUUGAUAACUCUAGUUAUAAUAGAACUUACUAUCAGGAGUCGAUAUAUGCUCAAGCACCGCAUGGAAUUUCUGGUGUUCAAUAUUUUGAAAACUAUCAACAGCAAUUUGAUCCUAGAUAUGGAAGAGGAUAUGGUGUUCUUACACCACACCAGCAAUCUCAACAGCCUAAUUUUAUUUGUCCCACCACAGACUGCUCAGAUUGUGAGGGAGACCAAAUGUUAUUGA